AUGAGGACUCUCCGCGGGUCCUCCCUGUGCCUGGAUGGGAGGGCCCGGGACAGAGAGGGAGGGAGGGAAGGAAGGCAGGCUGGGCCCGGUCCCCGCCCUCGCUUUGUGGCCGCCCCUGGCUGCCGACGUGGCCGGAGGAAGGAGGGCGGGAAAGGGGGCGAAGUGCGGGGCGCGGCGGUGCUGCUCCUGCUCCCUUCUGGCUCUUCUUCUUCUCCCGGGAGAGGGACCUCAAGGCUUUGCUUCAGAGAAUUAAAAAUGUCGGGUGCCACAAAUGACGGGUUAGUUCAAGAGAAAAAUGAAGAAUUAUUGGAACCUGGCGGUAAUGUUUCCGCUUCUGAUACCGUGAUGCACAGUGAAAAGACAGAACUAAUGUCAUCCCAAGAUGAUGAGAGAGAAGUUUCAAAACACUGCAAGAAUGAACCGGAAGAUAAUCUGAUAGCUUUAGGGAAUCUUUCACAUGAGGAACUCUCUAGUGGAGAUGCAGCUGAGAAUAUUCUUCCUGAAUUCAGCGAAUCUGUGAGCCUUGAAACAGAACCUGGAUCUGAGGAGCCAAAUGAAGAGAGUGACUUGGGUACAGAGUUGGCACCUAAAGGAAGUGGAUGGACAACUUGGGGAUCGUGGGGCAAGUCCCUGUUUUCAACAGCAUCUGCCACAGUUGGUCAUGGAUUAACUGCAGUUAAAGAAAAAGCAGCCACCCUCAGAAUUCAUGUUCCUUCCUCUGGGCCAUCAGAAGACCCACAUCCCAGCACACCUGAAAACCUUGUUGCAAGUGACACGGAAGAGACCCUGCCACAAAACUCCCAAGAAGAUGCAGCUUCACCCUCAUCUCCUUCUGGGUCACGCGGAAUGUUUUCAACUAUUUCUAGCGCUGUACAGAAUACGGGCAAAAGUGUCUUAACUGGUGGCCUUGGUGCUUUGGAGUUCAUUGGCAAGAAAACCAUGAAUGUCCUUGCAGAAAAUGAUCCUGGAUUUAAGAAAACAAAAAUACUGAUGGAGCGAACAGUUUCUUUAUCUCAGCUGUUGCGAGAAGCCAAAGAGAAAGAGAAGCAGAGGCUGGCGCAGCAAGUGUCAUUUGAAAAGACGGCACAUUAUGGGCUGCUUUUUGAUGAGUUUCAGGGUCUGUCUCAUCUGGAAGCUCUGGAAAUUCUAUCUAAUGAAAGUGAAGCCAAGAUACAGUCAUAUUUGUCCUCACUUGAAGGAGAAGAAUUGGAAACGAUAAAAAAUGCUCUAAUUGCUAUUAAGACGAUCUUCGUUCAACAGGAAUCAGACAGUGAAGACACUGAAGUGAUGACAGCAGAUAUGGGAGAUGAAUUUGUGACCAUUUUUACCGAACUGCUGUUUGAACUACAUGUUGCUGCAGCUCCUGACAAGCUUAACAAAGCUAGAAAGAAAGCAUAUGACAGCUUGGAGAAAGCUAGUCUCCCUGCAUCAAUAGAACCAGAAGAGUACCAAGCAGAAAAAAUAGGAGAAAAUGAAGAAAAACAACAAGCUGAAGAAGAGUCUCACAUAGAAGAACCUGGAAAUAAAGAAGAAAUGAAGAAGAAAAAUCUAGAGGAAAUAUACAUGCUGUCUAUUGAAAGCCUUGCUGAGGUAACGGCCCGUUGCAUCGAACAGCUUCAUAAAUUAGCAGAAUUAAUUCUUCAUGGACAAGAAGUUGAAAAGCCUGCCUUGGAUCAAGCAAAAGUUUUAACAAGUUUAACCCAUACAAUGUGUAAUGAAGUCUCCUCUCUAUCAAAGAAAUUUUCUGGUGUUUUAACUUCACUUGGGAGUGACAGAAAGGCUGAAUUCCUUAAUCCGAUGGUCAAUGGUGUGCUACUAGAGGGCUGCAACAGCACCACUUACAUUCAGGAUGCGUUCCAGUUAUUGCUUCCAGUUCUCCAGAUCUCUCAUAUGCAGACUAAUUGUUUGAAGACACAACAGUGACCUCUGAACCAGCAACCUAGUCGUAUAUAAAAUUCAAAACUAUCCCCAAAUCCAUUGGGAGAUCACAGAGCCUUUGAAGGACACUAGAUGCAGUUUUGCACAUAGAGUAAAACACUUUUGUAUUUAGCUAACUAUUUAAACACAUUGUUAUAUAAUAGGAAAAAUUCUUUCAUAUCGUUUGCAUUAAUUUAAGAUAAAACAUGUUCAUUGGUGGAAAUUAACAUGGGACACUGAUGUACUAAAUAGAAAAGCAUCAUAUUUGAAACAUUGUGCUGGCCUAUUUGUCAGCAAUGCCGGAAUGAAAGCCUUUCCUGUAAAAUUGAUGUCAUAUGUUUAGGUACAUAUUGAUGCUCUCUAAAUUAAGUGAUUACUGGUUGCUGCAGAUUUUUAGGAUUUAACAAACCAGUAGGAUUAUACGAUGGGACAAGAUGUGACCUUGCUUUGUAAUCUGACUGUCCUUUACUGAAAUGUGACGGGGGUCACCUAAGAAAAGGAAGAUUACACCAAAGGAUCUGAUCAUCCUUUUUUUUUCUUAAAUCAUGUACAACAUUGUUUCUCCCACUUCUAGACCAACUGUAAAUACAGGUUGCGUAUCCCUUAUCUGAAAUGCUUGGGUCGAAAAUAUUUUGGAUUUUUCUCAUUUUGGAAUACCUGCAUUUCUAUAAUCACACAUGUUUUGCAAAAUGGAAACCUCCAGAAGGUUUUUGGAGAUUUUGAUCUUUGGAAAGGCAUGAUCUUGUUAGAAGUCACAACCUUUUGAAAAAUGAUGCCAUAACCUCCUGGUAAAAGCAUGACUUGUUAGAGUCAUAACCUUGUGGGAAAAUGGCAUUCACUAACACAUUCUCUCUCUCACACACACACACAGAGUAGAGUUUCAGAAGUGUUCCUUUUAGUUGCCCAAAAACAUCCACUCUGCCUUAAAUAUAUUUGCCUUUAAGUCAUGCUCUCAAGAGACAAAAAUAAGCAGACUUCUUUAAAAGUCACAUAGUUGGUUUACUCACAAACUUUAUGUAUUCAGCAUUCUGGUACUUUUCUUAUCAAUCCAGUUACAAGUAGAUUUGAAGGAGUUUCUCUGUGUAGGUAACACAGGGUAUCUUUCUUAGAAUCAAUAGUCCAUAGUCCAAAGCAUCUCUCUGUUGUAAAAGUCUAAUAGAGUCUCUGUGUAGUCUGAAAGUCCAGUGAAGUCUCUAAAACAUACUUCUCUACCGAAGUUUAAACUGUACUGUUCUAAAAUGGAGGCUGAGUCAUGAACAAGCCCAGACCUGAUCACAUGGUCUGCAGCCCCUCCUACAACAAAGAAUUACGCUAAAAUUGCAUACCAGUACACACAUAUACAAUACAGUAAGGCAUUAUAUACAUAACAAACAACUAAUGGAGGCUUGAGAAAGUUGCCAUUUCCAACAGCAUAUUGAGAUAUAUUAGAUAUGGGAUCCAAGCUAAACACAGCAUGUGAAAUAUAGGCAUAUUUCAAAUACCCUGAUGGCAAUUUUAAAUAAUAUUUUAAAUAAUUUUGUGUGUCAAACAAAGUUAGUGUAUGUUGAACCAUCAGAAAGUAAUGGUGUCAUUGUAUCAGCUUCAUAGGUGGAGUAUUUUGGAUUUUGGAAUUCUAGAUAAGGGAUGCUCAGCCUGUAACUUAAACAUAACUGAAAUAUCUUCUUACCUUAACACUCCCAUAAACAAAUGAAAGUAUUUUAUUUCUAGAUAUGAAGUCAUUUUAAAUUAACCUCAGAGACCUUUGUGUUAGUUUCUGAGGGCCACUCUGUAAAUGCAUCAUGGUGGGCUAAGAACUUUCUGGUCCAGUAGGUUCUUGUGGGUUUUUUCGGGCUAUAGGGCCAUGUUCUAGAGGCAUUUCUCCUGACGUUUCACUGCUUUCUGGUCCAGGCUCUACUACUCCUGCUCUCUGAUAGCAUUUCCAAUAUGAUAUGAAUAACUAUGCUAGGUUAUUUCAGUAAAACUAAAGAUUUAUUAUGACUAGAGUUGUUUUCAUCAAGGCCAUGAAGUAUUAUCCUGCAUUAAUAGAUGUAUAUACAUUUGGUUGUAGGGAAGGUAGGGAUGGAAAAUGUCAACGGUGCAAUUAAAGUUUAAAUGCAUACAGAGUAAUCUCACAAUGCCCAUUUACAGAUCAUUGAUGAUGAUGAUACUAAUGCACAUAUUUUACAUACAUUAUGUAUUGCUGAUAGGCUGCCAGUCCAUCAAGUUCCACAUCUACCUGUAUGGGCUAAGGCUUUGCUGUGUGUGACACUGCUUUUAGUCUCCUUUUGGAGAGAAAAAGCGUGGUAUAAAAAACAGAAUAAUAAUAAUACCCAUUUGUUUGGGUUUGUUGUUGUUCAUUCGUUCAGUCGUCUCCGACUCUUCGUGACCUCAUGGACCAGCCCACGCCAGAGCUCCCUGUUGGCCGUCACCACCCCCAGCUCCUUCAAGGUCAGUCCAGUCACUUCAAGGAUGCCAUCCAUCCAUCUUGCCCUUGGUCGGCCCCUCUUCCUUUUGCCUUUCACUUUCCCCAGCAUAAUUGUCUUCUCUAGGCUUUGCUGUCUCCUCAUGAUGUGGCCAAAGUACGUCAACUUUGCCUCUACUAUCCUUCCCUCCAAUGAGCAGUCGGGCUUUAUUUCCUGGAGGAUGGAUUGGUUGAAUCUUCUCGCAGUCCAAGGCACUUUCCGAACUUUCCUCCAACACCACAGUUCAAAAGCAUCUAUCUUCCUUCGCUCAGCCUUACCUAAGGUCCAGCUCUCACAUCUGUAGGUUGCUACAGGGAAUACCAUGGCUUUGACUAGGCGGAUCUUUGUUGCCAGUGUGAUGUCUCUACUCUUUACUAUUUUAUCGAGACUGGACAUUGCUCUCCUCCCAAGAAGUGUUUGAGUAAUACAGUGUAAACACAAAAAUGGUGUUUUAUUCCUGAAGUGUGGUGCUGCCGUUAAGUGCCUUCAUUUGCAAAACCAAUGCAUAAUUUAUAGCAGAAUUCCUUUCACUAGUUAGAAGAGGUCUCCAAGCAUUCGUGCCAUAGCGCAGUGCCAUUUAAAGUGAUGGCCCACAGACUGGUGCCCAUCAGCUACUGCAUCCAAGAUGCAUAGAAUUAUAGAGUUGGAAGAGACCUCGUGGGCCAUAUAGUCCAACCUCCUGCCAAGAAGCAGGAAAAUUGUGUUCAAAGCUCCCAGCAGAUGGCCACCCAACCUCUGUUUAAAAGCCUCCAUAGAAGGAGCCUCCACCACACUCCGGGGCAGAGAGUUCCACUGCUGAACAGCUCUCACAGAACAGGAAGAAACAAUUCUAGUCAAUGGGCACAAAUACCAUAAUGGUCCCUCAGACAAUAUAAAAAAAGAAAAAUACCACUCUCUCAUGUCAGAUAGCUAAUGAAACACUAAUAUCGUAUUGUGCUUUCUGUUAAUCUUAUUCAAUAGUGGGCUGACGUUUUACUGAAAUGUUGUGUAUGGAAGCAAUAUACGUAGAAUUUUGCAAUAGCCACGUGCUUGGAAAUAAACCUUUGUUUCUAAUGAGUUCCUCCAGUGCAGAAUACUCAGAAUUAUUCCUGAGAGAAAACGACUGGAAGAAGUGAUGGAAGUGGAUUGCCAUAAUAGAGGUGAUCUUUUAGCUAAAGGUUGUACAGGAAUAUGUUGUAUGCCUUGGGGAGAUCAUUUAAAGAGAUGGUAGGAGAACCGUUUAAAGCACUAGAUUGCUUAUUUGAAGCCGUCUUUAGUGCAGAUUUUGUUGAAUAACUUAAAUUAUGCAUGUAGAGGGCUAGAGCUUUGUCCUUCAGGGAAAUGAAUAAGAAAGAAGCUACUAAAUGAAACACAGUGCAGACUGUCCCUGUUUGGUUCCUAAAAUUGACUUUAUAUUGCUCUUUAUGGGGGUAUAUGUACUGUCAGUGUUAUAUAUUAAAAUGAACUGAUUCAUUGAAAA